AUGAAUCAGCCCCAAACCUAUCCGACAUCUCCGUGGGUCAAAGAAUUUGGGAAUCGUCUUGUGGAUCUGGAAAUUACAAACCUAACCAGCAUCUCUGACUUUCUGCUCCUGGGCUUCUCUCAACACCCUGAACAGCAGCCUCUUCUGUUUGGCCUUUUCCUGGGCAUGUACCUGGUCACCAUGUUGGGGAAUCUGCUCAUCAUCCUGGCCAUUGGCUCUGAUCAUCACCUCCACACCCCUAUGUACUUCUUCCUGGCUAACCUGUCCUUCAUUGACACCUUUAUUUCCUGCACCAUUGUUCCCAAGGUGCUAGUGAACCUCCAGACACAGCAUUACACCAUCUCCUACACUGGAUGCCUCCUGCAGAUGUAUUUCUUCAUGACUUUGACCCUGUUGGAUGACUUCCUGCUGGCCGUCAUGGCAUAUGACCGUUAUGUGGCCAUCUGCCUUCCUCUCCACUACACUUUGAUCAUGCAUUCCCAACGCUGCCUGCUCCUGGUCACCAUCUGCUGGCUCUGCUCCCACCUCCUGGCCUUCUCACUCACUCUCCUUAUGUCUCAAUUCUCCUUUUGUGCCUCCCAUUCUAUCCCGCACUUCUUCUGUGAUCUUCUCCCACUCCUUCGACUUUCUUGUUCAGACACCUGGAACUUCCAGCUCAUGAUGUUUGCUGAAGCAGCCCUCUCUGGGGUGGUGCCCCUCACCUGUGUCCUAAUCUCUUAUGCCCACAUCAUCCACGCCAUCCUCAAGGUCCCUUCGGCUGGGGGCAAGCACAAAGUCUUCUCUACCUGUGGAUCUCACCUAACAGUGGUUACUCUUUUCUAUGGGACACUCUUUCUGGUGUAUUUUCAGCCUUCUUCCUCCUACUCAGCUGAUACUGGGAUGGUGGCCUCUGUGGUAUACACAAUGAUUACCCCCAUGAUUAACCCCCUUAUCUAUAGCCUGAGAAACAAAGAUAUGAAAGGGGCUUUGUGGAGACUCUUUGGCAGAGACAAGGUCCGUUAG